AUGGGUAGUAGACGUCAUAAGAAUAAGCAGGCCGCUCCACCUAGUUUCGACGAGUUCCAAGCUAAACAAGAUAGAAAGGCCAAGAGAAUCGAAGAAAGAACAAAGAGAUCCAACAGUGAGAUAACCGAUAAAAAAUCUAGUAAGAAGCAGAAGACCUCUAGUAGUGAACACAAAAAACAUCAUGAUCACGAAGAAAAAGGUGAACGUAAAGAUAGUAAACACAAGCAUGAAAAAUCUCAUUCUUCAAAGAAGCAUAAGAAACACCAUGACGAUGACGACGAAGAAAAUCAAGAAUUCCCAGCUGACCUUCCAGAAGUUGAUUUAGAAGAACUAUCUAAAGCAAAGAAAUCCUUGUUUGACGAUGAGGAAGAAAUCGAUGAGGAUCUACAAGAUGAGUUUGAUAUGGAACAAGAAUAUGAAAAUGAUGAGGACGAUAACGUUCAAGUCAAAUCUAUGUUUUCAGAUGAUGAAGAUUUUGGUGAAGAUGAAUUAGAAGAUUUGAAUGCUGCAAAUAUGGAAUCCUUAUCUAAAAAACUUGAUGAAGAAGAAGCUGAAGAGGCUGAAGAAGCCGAACAAGAAUUACUUCAAGCCAACCAAACUCAACCAAGAGCAGAUGUUUUACCUUCUAAGGAAGAAGAAGAGAUGAUGGCUAGCGGUCCACAAGACCUAACUUCAGUUAGAACCAGAAUUAUCGAAAUUGUAAAAGUUCUUGAGGACUUCAAGAACUUAGGUGCUGAAGGUAGAUCAAGAACUGAAUAUGUGGAUAGACUUCUAAAGGAUAUAUGUGAAUAUUUUGGUUAUACUCCAUUCCUUGCUGAAAAACUAUUUAACCUAUUUUCCCCAUCUGAAGCUCUUGAAUUUUUCGAAGCAAAUGAAAUUGCUAGACCUAUUACUAUCAGAACAAACACUUUAAAGACCAGAAGAAGAGAUUUAGCUCAAGCCCUAGUUAACAGAGGUGUUAAUCUACAACCAAUCGGUAACUGGACCAAGGUUGGUUUACAAAUUUUUGACUCCCAAGUUCCAAUUGGUGCAACUCCUGAAUACUUGGCUGGUCAAUAUAUUUUACAAGCCGCAUCUUCUUUCUUACCAGUUAUUGCUUUAGAUCCUCAUGAAAAUGAACGUAUUUUAGAUAUGGCAGCUGCUCCAGGUGGUAAGACUACAUAUAUUUCUGCAUUAAUGAAAAACACCGGUUGUGUCUUUGCAAAUGAUGCAAAUAAGAACAGAACAAAGUCUCUUAUUGCUAACAUUCAUCGUCUAGGUUGUACCAACACUAUUGUUUGUAACUAUGAUGCUCGUGAAUUUCCAAAGGUUAUCGGUGGUUUCGACAGAAUUCUGUUAGAUGCUCCUUGUUCUGGUACUGGUGUUAUCGGUAAGGAUCAGUCCGUUAAAGUUUCCCGUACCGAAAAGGAUUUUAUUCAAAUCCCACAUUUACAAAAGCAAUUAUUAUUGUCUGCUAUUGAUUCGGUAGAUUGCAAUUCUAAGCAUGGUGGUGUUAUUGUAUAUUCUACCUGUUCGGUUGCAGUGGAAGAAGACGAAGCUGUUGUCAAUUAUGCAUUAAGAAAGAGACCAAACGUCAAAUUAGUCGAGACAGGUCUUGCCAUCGGUAAGGAAGGUUUUACGAGUUUUAGAGGUAAAACUUUCCACCCAAGUGUGAAACUAACUAGAAGAUACUACCCACAUACUUACAAUGUGGAUGGUUUCUUCGUUGCUAAGUUCCAAAAAACCGGUCCAUCUCCACAUGACGACAACCAAGCCAGCGCAAAGGAGAAGGAAGCUCUUGCCAGAGAAGAAGCUAUGGAAGAAGGUAUUAUUCAUGAAGAUUUCGCAAACUUCGAUAAUGAAGAAGAUGAAAAAUACAUAAAUAAAUCCAAGAAGAACAGUUUAUUAAAGAAAGGUAUGAACCCAAAGAGUAGCGGUGCACCAAAGAAAUAA